AUGGAGGAGACGAUACCCUUCAAAAAUCUCUACAGCAGAGAAUACCAAGGUCACAAGAAGAAGGUGCAUUCGGUGGCAUGGAAUUGCACGGGCACGAAACUGGCAUCCGGUUCAGUCGAUCAAACUGCUCGCAUUUGGUAUAUUGAACCUCAUGGUCACGGUAAGGUUAAAGACAUCGAGCUAAAAGGGCAUAGUGAUAGUGUUGAUCAGUUGUGUUGGGAUCCAAAACACGCCGAUUUGAUUGCAACUGCAUCGGGUGACAAGACAGUUCGAUUAUGGGAUGCUCGCAGUGGAAAAUGCUCACAGCAAGCUGAACUCAGUGGGGAGAACAUCAACAUCACUUUUAAGCCGGAUGGGUCUCACAUCGCAGUUGGCAACAGGGAUGAUGAAUUAACAAUAUUGGAUGUCCGCAAAUUUAAGGCCUUGCAUAAACGCAAGUUCAACUAUGAGGUAAAUGAGAUCGCGUGGAACGUGACAGGAGACAUGUUCUUUCUUACUACUGGGAACGGUACUGUGGAAGUACUUGCAUAUCCAUCUCUUCAAGCAGUCAACACCCUCAUGGCUCAUACAGCUGGUUGCUAUUGUAUUGCUAUUGACCCAUUGGGAAGAUAUUUUGCUGUUGGAAGUGCUGAUUCUUUAGUCAGCCUUUGGAAUAUAAAAGAGAUGCUCUGUGUUCGUACAUUCACAAAGCUCGAAUGGCCUGUUCGGACGGUAAGUUUUAAUCAUACCGGAGAAUAUAUUGCUUCUGCCAGUGAGGACUUGUUCAUUGAUAUUUCCAAUGUUCAAACAGGACGAUCAGUUCACCAAAUUCCAUGUCGAGCUGCCAUGAACAGUGUGGAAUGGAACCCGAAGUACAACUUACUUGCAUAUGCUGGCGAUGAUAAAAACAAAUAUCAAGCUGAUGAAGGCGUUUUCCGAAUAUUUGGGUUUGAAAGUGCAUAG